AUGUCGCUACUCUCGGCCCAUCUGGAGCAGAUUUCAAUAUCAUGCCAAAGCAUUGACAGCCUGCCCUUCCCACCGCCCAGAAUCUUCACCAAUGCCCUUCUCUCCAACCCCGACAUAACAUCUCUAAUUCGCGAUACUGAAGCCCACGAACGAGCCCUGUUCUCCGUGCCACCGCCUGCACCUCCGGCGUCCCGCCAGAACCCCGACCCACCAAAGCCCUCGUCCCGCCGCCAAACCGUCUUCAAUGUCGCCGCAGGCGAGGUGACGACGGGCCCACCUCCCAACUCGACUCGCAGCAGCGGACCGGUUGCGCGCCGUAACACGGCCGUGGUAGCGGUCCUGGGCGGCGACUUGCACGCGCAGAUCGUGCGGGGGCGGGGCGGGCAGGGCGGCCGCGGAGAAGGCGGGGACGUGGACAUCGAGGUGCUCUUGCACGGCGCCGAGAAGCUAUGUGCCGUGUACCCGCUUCCCGGCGCGGUGGAGCGGAUCCCCGCGCAGAGGCAGAAGUUUGCGCAGCAGAGCAACACGCUGGCGUACUACGAGGCGAAAGUGGCUGAGCAGCAGGAGGCGUUGGAGAGGAUGAAUCUGGAGAAGGUCCUGGACGAUGGAGAGGAAGAGGCGGACGGGGAUGAGGAAGCC